AUGGAUGCCUUGCAUUCACGACAGCUUCACCAGUUGUCCUCGUCUGCUUGCCCUCAGUGGCAAGCUGAGGUCGGUCGGGUCAGCUGUACCACCCUGGUUGACUUGGAGGUCAAGCCAACCAUGCUGACGGGCCUGGCGGCGGGCAGGUCAUGGCUGAUCUGCGCCAAGGCGAUCUUUGCCCCGCUGCAGUGUCAACGUGGUCAAAUGAAAAAUAACAAUCAUGUGGUGUAUUCGUGGCAGAGUCCGCCCCCUCGUCGACUGGAAGGACAUCCUUCCGGUCGACAAGGUACUUGUACCUCGACGGCUGGAAGGAAGCCCUUCCGGUCGACGAGGUACUUGUACCUCGUCGACUGGAAGGACACCCUUCCGGUCGACGAGGUACAAGUACCUUGCCGGCUGGAAGGAAGCCCUUCCGGUCAACGAGGUACAAGUGCCUCGUCGACUGGAAGGACACCCUUCCAGUCGUCGAGGUACUUGUACCUUGACGGCUGGAAGGAAGCCCUUCCAGCCGGCCCUUUAGAGGGUGGGUAUCCAAGGAUACCCGCUCGGAUACCCGCCAGCGGGUGCGGAUGCGGAUGCGGAUGCACAGAUGGCCGGAAAAAGCAGCCGGAUAUCCGGAUGCCAAUCGACCAUCUCUAA